AUGCCACCAGCUCAUAAGAGUCACAAUUUCCGUCCGGAAAAUGUCUUGAAACGUGCUGAAGAUUUAAUCGCCGUUGGACAAAAGGAAGCCGCAUUGGACACUUUGUAUGAGCUCAUCACUUCAAGAAGAAUCCGUUACUUGCAAGUCGAAGACUUGGAGCCUAUUGCCAGCUUACUUAUUGAAUUGGCUGUCGAGUUAAGGAAGGGAAAGUUAGCCAAGGAUGCAUUGCAUCAGUAUAAGAAAAACAUCCAGAUGUCUGAGCAUGGAUUGGAAUCGGUCCAAACUAUUGUUCGUAAAUUUAUUUCAUUAGCUGAGAAUAAGUUGGACGAAGCACAGGCCAAGGCUGAUGUCAAAAUCGACCAGGAUGAAACUGCAGAGGAUGAUUUGGAAACGGCACAAACACCGGAAUCUAUUUUGUUGAGUGCCGUUUCAAACACCGACACCGCUGAUCGUACUGAAAGAGAAUUGGUUACUCCAUGGUUGAGGUUCUUGUGGGAAGCAUUCAGAGCAGUUUUGGAUAUCUUGAGAAACAACUCCAAAUUGGAAGUUACUUAUUCUGCUAUUGUCAACCAAGCAUUCAAGUUCUGCUUAAACUUUAAAAGAAAGGCCGAGUUUAGAAGAUUGUGUGAGUUAUUGAGAGUUCAUAUGCAAACAGUCACUACCCAAGUCAAGACUUCAUCUAAUAAUGCUAUUGAUUUGUCAGACUCUGAGACUGUGCAACGUUAUUUGGAGCAAAGAUUUUCUCAGUUAAAUAUUGCUGUUAAGUUGGAGUUGUGGCAAGAGUCAUUCAGAUCAGUUGAUGAUGUCCACAGUUUGAUUACUGCUUCGAAAAAGGCACCCAAACCAACUAUGAUGACAAACUAUUACGAAAAUCUUGCCAGAAUCUUUGCCGUUUCAGAUAAUACCUUGUUUCACGCUGCUGCAUGGAACAAGUUUUUCAAUUUGUACGCUCAAUCACCAAAAGCCACUGAUGAGGAAUUGAAAAGGUAUGCAUCUAUUUUGGUCUUGUCUACAUUGGCCAUUUCCCAAACUGCCAUACAAGAUGCCGACGAUCAUAAAGCAAAGAAUUCAAAAUUGUCUUCAUUGUUGAAUUUGACACAAGUCCCAACAAGAGAUGGUUUGAUUAGAUCCAUUGUCCAAAGAGGCAUUAUCAAGUAUGUCGAUGGUCCAGUUAGGCAAUUGUUUGAUUUGUUGGAAAAGGAUGACUUUCAACCCUUGUCUGUCAAGAAAAAUGUUGUUGAGAUUUUUAAAUCCAUUGAAUCUGAUGAUGAAUUUAAAAAGUAUAUUCCAACCUUGACUGAGGUUAUUUUAAUCAAGAUCUUCCAACAGGUUUCACAAGUUUAUGACACUGUUAAAUUAAACUUCUUGGUUUCAUUGGGUGUGUUUACAGGAGUGCAAUAUUCUUUAUCUGAAGUAGAAGUUGAGGAAUUGAUUGUCAAUGCCGUCAAAGAUGACUUGCUUUCAUUAACCAUUGAUGACGAAGCUGGUGUUGUUUCCUUCAGAUCGAGCCCAUUCGAAGAUGUUACAAAUUCGUCUACUCGUAAGUUGCAAAUCUCGCCAGCCGAAAUUGUCCGUUCUCAAAUCAGCAAGUUGGCUGCCACUGUUGCUGAGUCAGUCCAAAUCAUUGACCCUGAAUUUGAGACUCGUCGUAAGCAAGCUCAAGAAGCCGCGUUACAUCGUGCUAUGGCAGGCUUGGUUCGCGAACAGCAAGCUCUUGCCGAUAGGACCAAGAUUAUCGAGGAACGUAAGAUAGCUGCUGAGAAACGUAGACGUGAGGAAGAGGAAUUGCAAGCUAGAUUGAAACAAGAAAGAAUUGCUGCUGAGCAAAAAGCUGAACAAGAAAGAUUGGUACAAGAACAAGAACGUAAGAAGUUGGAUAAAUUGCAAAAAGAACGUGAAAUGAUUCAAGAAAAUGAAAAGAGAAAACUCGCUGAGGAGAUUAAUGCCAAGGGUAUCAUCAAGGUUGAUUUGAACAACUUGAAAGAUUUAGAUGCAUCUAAAUUAAAGAUGAUGCAAGUUGAACAAUUAAAUAAGGACAGAAAAGAGUUGGAAGAGAAAUUGAAAGGUACCUUUAAAAAGUCAGAUUACUUGGAAAGAGCUUAUAGACAAUACGAAUUGAAGUUGUUGGAUUCUGAAGCUGAAAAGCAAAGAUUAUUGGAAAGUGAGAAUUACGAGAUUGCCAAGAAUGCCAAAAUUGCUAAAGCAAGGAAGGACUUUGAUAAUUCUAUUGCCUUGAAGGAGCGUUUCCAGCGUAUGUUGCCUGAUUACACUUCAUUCAAAGCUGAUCUUGAUGCCAAGAAUGCCGCCAAAUUGGAAAAGUUGAAACAAGAAGCUCAUGAGAAAUUUGAAAAGGCUAAGCAGGAAAGAAUUGAAAAGGUCAAGAGGCAACGUAUUGAGGAAUUAAAGGUUAGAAAGGAGAGGGAACGUAAAGCCCAAGCUGAAGAAGCUGCCAGAAAGGCUCAAGCUGCUGAACAUGCCAAAUUGAAGGAAGAAUUGAGAAAGCAAAGAGAAAAGGAUGAAGAAUUGCAAAGAAAGAGGGACGAAAUUGCCGCAAAAGCAGCUGCAGAAGAAGCUAAACCAGAUGUUCCAUUGACGUUUGCUCAAAGAAUGAAAUUGAAGAGAGAGGGAUCACUCAAUUACGACUUGGUCACAUUCACCAAUAAGGUUCCCCAAGGUGGAGAAACCUAUCAGGCCAAUUCUUUUGAAACUCAUAUGGGUGGCAAGGGGUUGAAUGAGGCAAUUGCUGUGGCCAGACUAUCGCCACAGAAUAAAGUCACCACCAGAAUGGUUGGCAGGAUUGGAACCGAUCAGUUUGGAGCAAGUUUGAAACAGUGUCUUGUUGAUGCUGGCGUUGAUGUGUCCAAUUUGAAAACGGUUGAUGGGUCAUCGGGAGUCGCUGUGAUUAUCGUUGAGGAGAAUGGAGAAAAUCGAAUUUUGAUCACGCCUGGAUCCAAUGGACAAUUAAAGUUGUCCGAUGAGGAAUACUCAUCGAUAUUCAAGGGACAGGACGAUUCGUUUGUCGUGUUGCAGAAUGAGUAUCCCGAUACAGCAAAGAGCAUUACCUGGUUGAAAACACACAAGCCAAAAAUAAACAUUGCGUACAAUCCAUCACCAUAUAAGCCUGAGUUGGUUAAUAAUGACAUAUUAUCAAAGAUUGAUUUGUUGAUUGUUAAUGAAGGAGAGGCACAGGAUGUUGCGAAACAUCUCUUGCCAAAUUUGAACCUCACGCACUUUGAAACAUUGGCAGUUGAGAUUCAAAAAUUACUACAUCAAGGGAAUAUCAAAACCGUUGUUAUUACCAUGGGCAGCAAGGGAAGUGUAUUCUACAAUGGAGAAUCAAAUCCAACUUUUCUUCCAGCUAGAAAUGUGGAAACAGUGGUUGACACAACAGGUGCGGGCGACACAUUUUUCGGGGCGCUUGUAUCCAACCUUGCAUUGGGUCAUAACCUACAGGAAGCAGUCACUUUUGCCACUGCAGCCAGCAGCUUGGCUAUACAAAAAAAGGGGGCUGCAGAGGGUAUACCAUUUUAUAAAGAUGUGGAUAGUCUAAUAUAA